GAUAGGGAAUUGUGAAAAGUUGGGAGAUGGCAUUUAGAUAUCCAUUCAUCAGAAAGAUUACGGCAUUAAUGGAGAAGUAUGUUGGAAGGCCAAGCAUGGAAAGAAAUGCUGGGGUCUUUGUUGUUGAUUUGGAGGGCAAACCGGUAGCUCACUACUAUGAUUCUGAGUUGUCUUUGAUAUCGAGUGGGAUCAAGAUUCAGAAUCAUCUCUACUGCGGCUCUGUCAAGUACUCGUUUAUCAUUCGCCUCAAUCUGGAUCGCUAUGCUGCUACUCAUCAUUCCUCUCGCAAGUAAAAGAAGUAAGAAUUUCAAUAACGUUCAAUUUUAGCAUUUUACUAUGUCUCUAUUUGGAUUGUUAAAAAAACUGAUCCACAAUGUACAUGAAAUAAUGUUGGAGUUGUGGUAGUCAAAGCUGCGGCACUGGCAGCAAAUGGAAAGAAGUGAUGACUGCACAGUAAUAGUGAAGUGACAAAAGCAUGGAGCUGCACAUAGGCUACAAGAAAUGAUAGCAAACUUCAUUAUUUUAGUCCAUGUUUUAGGUAGUCAAUAAUUACUGUGUUAGGUAGAAAAAUACUAUUGUUUUAUGUAUUGGGUAGAAAAAGGAAGGAGGAAAUUGGAUGAAAAUUAAGAGAAAGAGAAAGCAUGGUUUCUCCUCUCCGGUCGGUUGGGUGAAUGCCUACACCCUUUCACGUUAAUGGCUUUAUGUUCUAUGUUAUGUUAUAUUAUUUCUGUUAUAAAUAGCAGAAUAUUAA